GCACUAAGUGUAGGAAAAGUUAGCAGUGUAGCAGUGCACACAAAGGACGGAGGCAUCUUUCUGGGAAGCAGGAUUUAGGUCUCGGGGAAUGUGCGUGGAUCAGAUUCACCGCCCACACUGAGAGCAGAUCGGUUCCUCCACACACCAAAAGUUACUGAAACUUCACACAACACUUUCAAACCCGUUCAACCGGGCGUCACGGAACUUUUCCCAUCAGUCCUUGCUUAUUAUGGUAUGCUGAGAGUUUUUAGCCAUGCGUGUGGAGCUGAGUUUAGUGUGUGUGGCGUUAAUGUGCGUUUUCAAACAGACGAACUCCUGUUUAAUAAUCAGCGAGGUCAACUGCGACAAUCCCAAACUGGACACUCAGGAAUUUGUGGAGCUGUUCUAUGAAGGUACGAAUCCUACUUCUCUUGAUGGAUACACACUUGUGUUCUACAACGGCAAAGUAGACUCUGCCUACCGGGUCAUCGAUCUGAGUGGACACCACACGGAUCAGCAAGGUUUUUUCGUAGUUGGCUCUUCCAAACUGACUCCCCGUCCCGCCAUCUCUCUUCCACCCAACUCUGUUCAGAAUGGGCCCGACGCCAUCGCGCUCUACGGCCCCAACUGGGUGCCGGUUGGCGAAGGGGAACUUGUUUCAGGAGUGGGGUUGCUGGACGCUGUUGUGUACACUUCACGUAGAUCCGUAGAUGGCGCCGACGGCCUUGCGUCCGUUCUGACUCCCGGCUCGGUCCCGUACGUGGAGGAUGAGGCGGCUCUGGAGGGGGACGAGUCCAUUCAGCGCUGCUGGCAGUCGGAAAACCUGUGGACGUUCUACACUGGCCCGCCGACCCCUGCGUGGGUCAAUCACUGCCCGCCACCGACCCCUGCAGGGGUUUGGAUCAAUGAAGUCGACCUCAGUGGGCCGGACCGGCGGGGCAAUGUGGAACUCAGUGUUGGCAUGGCAACCGGAUCAUAUUCUUUGGUGCUUUAUGAUGUUACUACGGAUCUGAUUAGCACGAGUGUGGAGUUCAUCGCAAAAGAGCCUGGAAUAUUCGCCGUACCUGUGAAUACUGCGAGUUUGUCAGUGCCACAAAGUGCUGCAUUGGCGUUGUAUAAAGGCCCGGCAUCAGACUUCCCUAAGGACGGCCCCCUCAGCCACGAACAGCCAAUCGAUGCCUUUGUUUACGGUGACUCCGCCCACAUGCCCAGUGACAACCUCACAGAGACGCUCAUACCGGGGAGGAAAGCCUUCAUCCUCACAGACAGUUUUCUCACAGCAGGUCUUCAUGCCAGUCGCUGUGGUGUUGCCGAAUGGACGAGAGAUCCGGGACUGCUUGUAGCAAGGCCCCGGAGUCCCGGAAAACCCAAUGACUGCAUUUGGUUUCAGUCCUGCCCGCUUAACAUGACCUCUUUCACAGAGUCAGGACGGAUCCAGCCCCCGAUUCAUAGCGAUGUCGAUUUCCUGCUUAACGAGAUCAACACUGACUCACCAGGAGGAGCCGAGGACGAGGAGUUUAUAGAGUUGUGGCAUCCGUCUGGCUUCCGUAUGUCGCUGGAUUUCAUCUGGCUGGUGAUGAUCAAUGGACAGACUGGAAGGGUGUACUAUGAGCUGGAGCUGAAUGGAUAUUACACAGAUGAUGACGGAUACUUCCUGAUUGGCAGUUCAAAGGUCGGCCCUGACAUUCGAAUCUCAUCGAACACUAUUCAGAACGGACCGGAUGCCAUAGUGUUAUAUCGCAGCAAGUCUCCGCCCUCUGAUGAGGGUCCGAAUACUCCCAGAAACGGUUUGCUGGAUGCGGUGGUUUACUGCACUCGUGGGUCUGAUAAAAAGGUUUCAGAGCUAACGGAAGUGCUGACACCAGGACAGCUCCCGCUGCUGGAGGACAUCAACGCGUUACCCGCUGACGAGACCCUCAGUCGAUGUGGAACCGAGAGACUCAACCUCAAUGCUUUCAGGGUCACUUCUCCCACACCAAGGAAGCAGAAUAACUGUCCCCCAAAACCCACUAUACCCUCGCAGGGUCUCAUCAUCAAUGAAUGGGGCAAGACGUCCGGGGUAAACCAGUCUCAGGAGAGUUUAUUUGUGGAGCUGACUGGCCCGCCGUCGACUCCACUGAAUGGACUUGUUUUGGUGUUUUUUGGGGAAGACGCUACAGAAUUGAACGUCCCGAUCGCUGGCAGCACAGGAAGUGACGGGCUUUAUCUGGUCGCCAACGAUUCUCGUGCAGAUCAGGGUUUGCCAGCACUUGGUCAUUUGGGUGCAGUGCUUUUGUGUUUUGAGCCGUCAGGAUCAGGAUUUUGUGGGAGCGACUCGCGUCAUUUGGACUGGCUAGUUUUUUCCGAUGACCCAAAGUUACAGAGACUUCUCCAGCACAACAUGACGCGCUUCGUAUACACACUCUUCAGUGGGGAUUCUUUAUCUCGAUGUGCAUCAGACGGGCCUGUUUUCUGGAUCGCAUCCCAGCCGACUCCACGCCUGCCGAACCGCUGCCCGAGUCCCGCCUUCUCCAGCUCCACGGAUCUGUGCCUGCAGCCGGAAAAUAAUAACUGGCAGAGCGGAUCAGGAAAUUGCACCCAGGAGGAAUUUGCUGGUUUAUUAGAGCAGUUGUGUAACUGCGGGAUCUCAAGCUUACAUGUUAAAGGUGUGAAAGUGUCCUGCAAGGCGGGUCGGUUGUACUCGCAGGGGUCUGUUCUUGCUGUUUCUGACCAACAGAGGGGGCGAAUCACUGAGAUACUGAACCACAACAAGCUCUCGUGUUCAGCUGAACAGGGGCGACAGGUGCAUGGAGCGGGGUCAUCGGUCGCACUUGUGGUCGCAGCGCUCCUGCUGUUUGCACUGGGUGCUGCACUGUUUGUCUAUUUGUACAAAAAAAGGCGUCCUGCUGACUACCUCUCCAUGCACCUGAGCGAACAGGCCGAGACGCCGCUGGAACUCUAGUGUGUUUGUAUGAGCGUGCAUGUGAGUGUGGGUGAAUUUUGGUUGUUUGUUUAUUAUGAAGCUGAAUGUGUUUUUACAGUUUUAUCAAAAUCUCUUUAAUUAUGCAAUGUUGAUAAUCCGAAGAUUUUAUUAAGACAUUCAGGAUGUUUCAUUUCUUUAGUGUGUGAAUCAAAUUUUCCAAAAAUCAUUCUUUUAUUGAAUUCAAAGUGUAUUUUUGUUUCAUAAUGUGACUUUGAAGUACAUACUCAUCAGUUAGCAGUAAAGACUGUAAAAAAACAAAAAAGUAGAAAUCAGCAAACAUUAAAUAUGUGACACUUACCAUAGUAAGCAUACGCGUGAUGCAAACAUGCCACACAUCAUUAUGUCACUCGAGGUACAAAUUGUUGUUGACUUUAAUCAUUUCAAAUCAUAAUUUUCAAAAAUAAAGAUUCAUUCCACAAUAAAGUUCAAGAGAUUUUAAACCUUAACGUAGCAACACAGAACAGAAUCUUUCCUCCUUCAUGAUUCUUUCUGCAGGUGUUGUGUUUAUUUUAUGUGUUUACAGAGUUUCUUUUAUGCAUCUGCACAGUAUUAUCAGUUGUUCUCAGGGUCGUCAGAUCAGUGUUUGUGUGCAGUAAAGAGCUUCUGACCACAGACACAUUUCUGUGUAGAACUAGUGUGCCAUUACGGUAAGACAGAGCAAAACACAUUACUUAAAGUUCACUGUUCGCGCAAUUCAUUUCCAUUCUCAGUUGUUAAUCUUAUUAAUUGUUAAUUAGAUAUUAGAGUGUUCUGUCACUUAAUUGUAAUCCUAGGAUUGCUCAUGACUCUGAAUUGUAAGGACAAGUCAGAGAGUCUGCUUGGCUUUUUAAAGACGUAGAGCAGAAAAUCCCCACACAGGAAAUAAAGGGUCGAGAAGACGAGGUAUAAUGUUGAUGACUAUUUUUGUCAGAGUAGAAGUGUAGAAUUGCAGUGUGUUCCAUUAUGUUCAUUUUGAAGGGUAUUUUUUAUUUUUUUUUGCAUUUUGCGAUUUUUCAAAACUAAAAUACAAUUUGGCAAUUUUGCGUUCUCACUGGUUGCUUAUAGGGUUUUAAUGUAAUUGAUUAUUGAUUUAGUCUUUCAUCAUUGAUUUUGAUGAUCUUAUGUACAUUUGGCAGAGGAAAUUUUCUAAAAUAAUACAAUCACAAUAAAUGUUUCUUUUUGUUAAUAUU